ACAGUACCACCUGAACGCUCAACAGACCAUCACAUAUUCAUUACUCCUUUUUUUAUUUACUCGGGAUUACUUCAGUAACAGUUAUUAUUUAACAUGAAAACAAAGUAUUCUUCUCCUCUAUUCGAGUACGGUUUCAACUGAUGAUUGUGGGGACAAUGCGUGAUGAGGAAUGAGGAUAGUGGCGUGCCAUGAGAAAACUUUGUUUUACAGACGAAUAGGUACUUUCAAUUUUGAGUUGAAGUGAAUUCUCGAUAUUACGUUAGAGUUGGAUUUGAUUUGACCUGUACCGAAAUGUAUGGCAAACGCUUACCCAUCGUGACGGCAUCCAUGGCUGUGAUAAACAUUUGUACCUGUGCCAACAUCCUCAUGAUCACCAUGGGAGGGACGAAAUCCCACAAAAUACCCUUUUGGGAAUUGGCUAGAGGAUUGAUUCCAAGGGGGCACAACAUCACGUUCAUCAGCGCUUUCCCAGCAGAUUUUUAUCUGUCAGGGAUGGAAGAAAUCACCCCUGCCGGGUUGGUAUUCUACGUCAGGAAUUUCACCAACUGGGACCUGGUUGGGGCGAGGAUGAAGGGCGAGGAACCAGUGCACCCAUUGGAUAUGGUUCGGUAUGCCUAUGAGGCCUGUGAAGUGUUGCUUUCCGACAUGGAAACGAAAGACUUCCUCUAUCAACGCCACAAAUUCGACCUGCUCAUCCUAGAUGGCGCUUACCCGGAAUGUGCGCUCGGACUGGUGCAUCACUUCGAUGCUCCUUUUAUGUACAUCAACACCGUCGGUUUUUAUGUGGGAUCCCUAUCUCUGGCAGGAAACCCUACGCCAUACUCCAUCACCCCAUUUUUGGCUAUGUCGGUGACAGACAACAUGAAUCUGUUGCAGAGAACGCAGAAUACUUUAUGGCAUCUGGCCGCGAAUGCGUUGCAUUCUGUCAUGGUACGCUAUAUCUUACAAGAUGUUGUGAGAAACCAUUUUGGCAAAGAUGUGCCACCACUCUACGACAUGUCGAAAAACGUUAGCUUUAUCUUGCAGAAUGGUCAUCCAACGAUGACAUACCCAAGGCCUUAUCUUCCAAAUGUUGCUGAGAUAGCUUGCAUUCAUUGUAAGAGGGCAAAACCUCUUCCUGUGGAUCUAGAGGAAUUCAUAAGAGGAUCUGGCGAAGCAGGUUUCAUCUAUUUUAGCAUGGGCUCAUCAGUAAAAGCAGUGAACAUGCCAAUUUUCUUAAGAAAAAUGCUCAUGACCGUUUUCAGAAAACUACCACAACGAGUUUUAUGGAAAUAUGAGGCUGACGAGGAUGAUUUGCUGGAAUUACCUUCAAACGUCAAGCUGGGAAAAUGGUUACCACAACAAGAUAUCUUAGGACAUCCUAAGCUACGUGCUUUCGUCACUCACGGAGGCCUUCUGAGUAUGUUCGAGACAGUAUUCCAUGGGGUUCCAGUAGUGUCUCUACCAGUAUUUUGCGACCACGACUCAAAUGCCGCGAAAGCAGAAGUCGAUGGUUAUGCUCUGAAGUUAGACUUGUCCACUUUAACUGCUGAUAAGCUACUUUGGGCUAUCAAGAAGGUGAUACACGACCCGAAAUACCGAGAAGAGGUGAAGAGACGUCAGAAUCUUCUGAUGGAUCAAUCAGAAACUCCUCUACAUAAAGCAGUGUAUUGGACUGAAUAUGUUUUGAGGCACAAGGGUGCGAAACAUCUACAAUCACAUUCAAGGCAUCUUGGGGUUAUCCAGUAUUACAUUUUGGAUGUUGUGCUACUAUUACUCAUUGGUGCUAUAUUGCUGUAUUAUAUUGUUAAACAGGUGCUGAAAUUGAUGUUGCGAAGUUUCGUAACGAAUAGUGUUAGUGCGAGUAGAAAAAAUAUCAAAAUCGAUUGAGGAAAGAGGUUGUUAUGUUGUUUGAUUUUAUGUGUAGGUUUUUUGUGAUUUGAUGUAAAUAAAUGUGUGAUUGAGUG